CAGCACGUGGUAUCAAAGAGAAGGAUAUACAUCGGGGUGGUCGGUCUUCUCCCGGCCAAACGGCGACGACCCUCGCUCGUCGUCGUUCAUUCGCGCGCGCGGAUUCGAGAGUUCGCGAAAGCCGAACAAUAACACCCCGACCGGGUUCCACCACCACCACGAGUAGCACGAGUUGUAACGAGUGCAGCGCGAGCGAGUCAUUUUUAUACAUAAUUUUCGAGCGCACACGUAAUUUUACCCGGCAGGUCUACAUUGCUAAGUUUGGAGUGAGGAUUCUGCAUCUUCUUUCUCUCUUCUGGAUCCCUCUGGAUCACUCAUCGGCGCGGGAGGAAUGGCGAUGAAAAUCAGUGACUUUUAAUUUCGCCUCCAAGAUGGGCUCGGGAUGGACACGUCAUUCGGGCCUUCAGGAACAACCGGCAUUAUAAAAUCACAGAUAGGGAUCCAGCGGCCCAGGAAGGGCGGUAGAUUCACUUGAACGGGAGCUUUAAUCUCUCAAGAGAAGAUAUCCGAAAGCAAGAAAGCAAAGCACGUGGGAGGAAGAGGAGGAAUGGGCCCUUGGGCCUUCGGCGUGCCUCUCAUCCUCUCUUCAACUGUGGGUCUCUUCUUGAAUGGCUGCGUUCUCCUCGUUGUGCUAGGCCUUGGUAAACAGACGCAGCAACAGCAGACGGCGAACACUUUGUUGCUGAUCCAUUUGGGCGCCGUGGAAGCGGCGGUGUGCCUGAUACUGCUGAUCUUCACCACGAGCUCGUGGCCGGUCGCCGGCACUUGGUGCGUUCUUCACGGAUUCCUGCUGGCGCUCUUACAUCCGGUCGCCCUCUGGACCGUCACCGGAUUAAACUGCGACAGGUAUUACGCAAUUGCUGCACCUCUGCAUUACGCCGCUUUGGUCUCGCCGCGUCGGGUCGCCGUUGGAUUGGCUGCUUCUUGGACGGGUGCACUACUCCUGUGUCUGCCGCCCUUCUCUGGUCUAGUACCGCCUUACAGGUACAGUCCAGGGUUGGGUUGCUGCGCCCCGGAUUUCGGGAACGACACCUGGGGAUCCGCCGCGGCGCUCUACGGCGCCGUCUACGCCAUCCUGGGUCUUGGACUGCCGGCCGUCCUCGUGACGGUCUGCAAUUUACGCGUGCUAGGCAUCGCACGAUACCAUCGGCAUCGUAUUGCCAGUGCGAUCUACGAAGUCACCCUGAGCGCCCAGGUGACCAUAACUCAUCAGCGAAACCCAUUCUUCGUGCCAACCGUCACCGCACCUUCCGCCGGUGGACCGCCACGUUUUCGCAGUGCCGCUAGCACGGUGAUGCAGCUGGUCGGUUCUCUCUACGUGCUCUACUUUCCAUACUGCGGACUCAUCCUCUGGGAGGCCUGCAGCGCUGGUAAUCAGCACCGUCUUCACGCACAUCCCAGAGUCGCCUCUGUGGCGUCUCUCCUCCUCGCGUUCUCGCCACCCAUCAACGGCCUCCUCUACGGUUUGAAAUCACAGACCCUGCGACGAUCCGUGCAGAACUACUGGCGGAAAAAGGCGACCAAGUCGGAGCUGCAACAGGAGAUACAGGCGAGAACGCCAAGCGUUGCGGGCUCGAGACGGCCUUCCGGCAGCGGGAACGUUUCCUUCUUCCCUUUCCCGCCCUUACAGCGGAGGCUCAGCGAGGCGUUGCUGGCCCUCGGCUCGUGCAGAGCCGGGAGUAGUUUCGAAAGCAAUAAUCUCGGAUUCCAGCGCGGCAGAUUGCAACCCGCCGCCUCGUGCAACACUCUCCGAGUGCCGACCACCGAAUCAGGUGAGCCGAGCAAAUUGGUGAGGGCGAGUGCGAGCGCCGUCAGUCUGAUGGGCCCUCAUUAUCGGAGUGACUUUAUCGGGGCGGAUUUGGGCGCGGGAUGCUCCAUAGCUAUGUGCGAGACCCCGAGGAGAAGCCCGAGGAUCCUCAUAACGCGCGCGUACAGCGAGGAGAGCCAGGAUGGGGACAGCCCGCUUCUCAGGAAGACCUUCAAUACCAAUACUAACCCUCCGCCGUGUGAAAAACGCCGAUGGCGGCACUGCAGCACCGGAAGCGAGAGCAGCACGGGGAGCAGCGAUGCGAGCGUGUGGACCACUGGUGUAACCCCCAAGUACGCCAAGGGUAACGCGAAGAGUAACUCGGCGGACGGUUCCUCGUCACGGCGAUACGCGCACGGCAAGAAUUUAGAAGAAGGCGCGCUAUCGACUGCGGUCAGGCCGAGCAACAACAGCGAAAGUAGCGAUACCACGGACACAACUACCGCCACGACAACGACCACCACGCUGCUUAAGUCUCUUACCAUAGAAAAUAGCGGGCAGAAGGACAAGGUGAACGGUAGCAUGAAGAAGAGAGAAUUAAGCGAAAGCGAGAGCAGUUGGAGCAGCGUCGAGGAGAUAGAGACCAAGGCGAUGACCGAGAGGAACGACGAGGACGACAGUCUCGAGAGGUCGAAGGAGGAGCCGCAGGCGAGGCUUCCGCGGCGAAAAUCGAAGGGCGGCGGCCACGAGUCCGAGAUUGCAGAGGACCAUGAGGAAGCCGCGCAACUCAGGCCUCUUCUGACUCCCUCCUCUUAAACCUACCCCCCUAAACGUAUUUUCUUCUGGCUGAUUCGUUCACGUCCUGGAGAAAAUGAGAUCCCGCCGCGUAUAUUUAAGCGACACCGAUAUACACGGCGCUCCGAGAGGUUUCGAGGUUUUAAAAUAUCCGGCGAGCAUCCAAUCGCUUAUUUCGCGAGCUCGCAAAAGACGAGAAAUCGACCGGUCAAUUGCAAACGCCAUUAUUUUGAUAACUCUGUCCGCGCGAGAGGGAAAGAGGAGGUACCUGGAAAGUAACUUGUCAUACGAGGGACGAUCACAGUCGUUUCUUAUGUUCGAAUAACGGUAAAACGGUGUAAAAAGUUCGAAUGGAAACGUGGAUUCGGCUCUUUACGCUCGACGUUAAUAUAUCGACAUAUCCUGAAAAAUUAUAUUUUUGUACUUUCACUCUGCACAACAUGUGUUACACGUAAACGCAACGUGAACGUGGUAUCAUUCUUUACAACAAACAAAGAACGAAGAAUCGUUUAAUCGUCGGCGCAAACUGAUCUCGGAAAGUCUGCUGGCUCUCGCUUCGACGGAUAGGAGGGAGAAUUAAUUGUCGAUCGUGCUCAAUCAUCAUCGACGAAAGUUUGCGUCAGCGACGAAUUCGCGUGAACCGAUCCGCGAAAGAGUUCCGGUCCAAUUUAUCUUUAAUUUGUUGAAACGAGUCGUACAAACUCGCGGAGCAGCGUAAGAACGGACACCCGAGAAAGUUUCUUUUGACGAGAAGUGGCAACGACGUUGAAUCAAAGGUGAAAGUUCCAAGGAAUGUUCAGACGUUAAGUUCAUCGGCUAUUUCACGAAAGGAAACGUGAAUCUCACAAUUCUGUCUUUUGUAAAGGUCAAGUUCCGCUCGGUAGUUGAGAUCGCAUUCAUCGACGUGAAAUUCCAUGGCUCAUUUAUGACUGAUUACGAUUGCCGCGCGAUAAUUAUAAUAUUAGUAUUUUAGGUAACAGUAAGCGACAACUGUAGCCGGUAGCGUAAGUAGCCGUUGGAAUUGACGCAAAAAAAAA